UCUCUUCAUCCAUUAUUCAGCUGUUUGGCUUCCCAGCCACUGGCGCCAUUGCUGUUUGUUGCCGUUAAAUUUUUGGUGUUUUGUUAUUUUUUUCGUAUCAAGUUGAGGAGAAUUUCGGUCUAAAACUGAGCGCAUCCAGGGCCUUUCCACGAAUCCCCUGCCAGGACUGGAUCUUGGCACUGCUGGUUUAUCUCCACGACGCUUGCAACGUUCAGAUAUCCAAGCCCGGUUCCAUAAUGGCGAGUUAAUUCGGUGGUACCGGUAGCCAUGAAACGUGAAGCUGAUGGUGAAAUGGGAUCCCCACAAAAAAGAUCUCGUCGCGGCGAUGAGGAAGUUCGUUUACUUAUUCCCAGCAAGGCUGCUGGAUCGAUCAUAGGAAAGGCCGGUCAGAACAUCACGAAGCUGAGAAGUCAGUACAAAGCCUCGAUUACUGUCCCUGAUUGUCCGGGCCCAGAACGUGUGCUGACCCUCUCUUCCGACCUGGAGACCAUCUGUAAUAUCAUCAAUGACAUCGUUCCCAACUUGGAACAGUCUUCAUUGCAGAAUGGCGCAAAAAGUGACGAUGGAUUGGACAUACGCAUGCUAAUUCAUCAAAGCCAGGCCGGUUGUGUAAUCGGAAGGGUCGGCUCCAAAAUUAAGGAACUCCGCUCGUCGACUGGAGCACGCAUUAAGAUCUUCACGAAUUGCGCGCCGCAGAGCACGGAUCGCAUCAUACAGAUUAACGGACAGGACUUCCAAUGUAUUAAUGCCAUAUCGGAAAUCAUCAAGCUUAUUAAGACGACGCCAAUUAAGGGUCCGUACAGUUGCUACAAUCCUCAUAACUAUGAUGAUUAUUAUGCGGAUGAGUAUGGUGGAUAUGGCAAUGGUGGCGAUAUGCGACGCGGAGGAUCAGGAGCGACCGGACCUCGCAGUGUCCACAGCGGAGGAAGAGCUAGUGGUGAGCGCUUCAGCAGUCGCGGACCACCGCCGCCCUCGAGAUCCGUUGGACCCUUAGGGUAUGACAGAAGCAUGUCCGGACCGCCGCCAUCUAGAAGCAGUGGUUAUUCCAAUGAACCUCCAAGAGGACUGAACGGAAGUGGCAGUUACGAGAGACCCAGCGGCUGGGGAAGUCCUCCGCCGAUGAACGGAGGAAGCGCGAGCAGCAUGAGCGCUUCGAUGCCACCUAGCAUGAUGAGCAGCAACGUGGGAAGCGCAAUGCAAAACAACGGUAGUUCAAGCCAAGGCACCAAAUCGACAACGCAAGUAACAAUUCCCAAAGACUUGGCGGGCGCAAUCAUUGGGAAAGGGGGCAGUCGCAUCCGUAAGAUUCGGCAAGAAUCCGGAGCCGGAAUCACAAUUGACGAGCCUCUGCCCGGCUCCAACGAUCGCAUUAUAACGAUAACAGGUGUUCCCAAUCAAAUACAGAUGGCGCAAUACCUACUCCAGCAAAGUGUCCAUAACAACGCCGACCAACGCAAUGGGGGGCAGUACUAAGAAAAAUGAAAACAAUCCAAAAAACGAUGUCUUUUUGUUGAAAAGAGCUAUAAAAAAAAGAAAAGAAUUAUAUAAACCCCAUAUUUUUUAAAGAAGCAUAUAUAAUUUUUGUAUUCGAAUUUAUGAUAGUUAAAUAGAUAUACAUUUUUUUAUCUAUAAACCGAA